UCGACAAGUUUUCAUAUUUCAUUUCUGUCGAUUGUCAACGUUACACAAAUUUUAUUGAUCUGAAGGCUAGCAAAUAAAUUGUAAGAAUGAAUUUGGUCUGGGGUCACAAGGGACCCUACUUCCACGCGCCUUGUCAGCGGGAUCGCUUUCCCAGUCUGCUGGACGAGAUGGGCGAGGAUGGGGACAAGCUGGUUGCCCAUCUGGGCAUCUCCAACAUGUCGGAGAUGGGCGCCCGUCUGAAGAGGGGUCGCAAGUCGACAGCUGUCGCCGAGCAACGUGCCGCUGAUUGUGUGAAGGAGGAGUGUGUGCCGCUGCAUAAGAUGUUCUGCUCGUCAGCGCAGGGCCUGCGACGUGGCGUCGAUAAGUACGCCCAGAUACCCAAGUACGAUCCCUAUGUGGAUGAGGAGGACCAGCGGGAGCUGGCCCAGCGCUAUCGCAAGCUACUCAAUCGCCCGAAUCCCACGCCUGCCCAGCGGCAGGAGGGCGAGCCGCCCUACGCCGGCCACUGCCAGCACUGUCGUCGCCGCGGCAGCAAUGACGUGGCCAACGACUUUCAGGGGCGACUCUACUUGCAGCAGGCCUAUCUGCUGGGGCAAAUCAAUCUCAUGGUUUUGGAUGGUCAGCAGCAGCAACCUCAGCUGCAGCAGCAGCAACAGAACAACGAGGGGCUGCUCAACAUUCAUCGCAAUCGCAAUCAUGGCUAGCGUAGUCUACACUUUAUGGCAUUUUAUUUGUACAUUAAAGUUCAACAUCUGCUUUCAAUUAUGAUGAA